AUGUCAAAAGUAAAUGAUUACGACAUCGACAUUGCACAUAGACUUCAAAGCAGAAAUGCCAGCAAUAAUCCCGCAAUUGUUUGUAAAUUCACCCGGCGCUUGGCGAAGGAAUCUGUUAUGUCAAAGAGAAGAGAGAUCAGAAAUGUGAAUUUCCAAAAUGUUKUCCGUAGUGAYGUGCCUCUGGACCCCUCAAGCAAGCCACCAAUCAUCCUGGAGCACCUAACGCCCAAAAAGCAAGAACUGCUCAAGUUAGCUAAGGAUUUCAAGAAGGAAUAUGACUUCGAGUUCUGCUGGGUCAAAAAUCAAGAUAUCCUGUUAAGAGAAACAACCCAAAGCAGGAUAUUCAAGAUAAGAUGUGAGGCCGACCUCGAGAUCCUAAGGAAAAAUGACCAAAGCACACCACCCCAACAACCCUUGGCCUUUAGAUCUCCCUACGAACUAUCACUCACUGGCAGAGGAAGGGGCAUUGGGCCAAGAACAAGGUCAUCAACCCGCCCAGGAAACAUCAGCUAAGUUGAACUUAAAUAGACUUAAUUACUGUGUAAA